UAACCUAUAAAUAAAAGAUGUAUUUAUUUAUAUUUAUCUGGUAGUAAAUAUAACAUUUAAUUAUGCGAUCGCUUAGACCAACUCAACUGUCCUACCAAACGGACAAAAGCUGGACGGACGAUUUACCAGUAUGUAAGCAAUCAGGAGUAGGCUUUGCGACGAACCAGAUCUAUCGAGAAGACGACCACCGACAACAAGAACAUUCAUUUGAAGAUCGAAGCUGCCACUGGAGAUUCAACGAUACGUCUUACCUGUAUGGAGUAUUCGAUGGACACGAAAGUGCUAGAGCUGCCGAUUUCUGUUUUCAACGGUUAGCUGCCGAAAUAUUACUGGAGCAGUUAAACGAAAAAAAAUCAGAUGAGGAAACCAAGGAGGUUUUAAAGCAAGCAUUUAUUUCCGUUGAGAAGGGAUAUUUGGACUCAAUUUAUGAUCGAUUAGCCGAACGAGAGGCUUACUUCGACGAAAUACCCCAAGGAUUAAACUUGUACCAAGCGUAUCAGGAGGUGCCCGAUGUUGUAGAAAAAAUUAAGAGAAUCAAUAUCGAAUUGUCUUCUGGAACAACUGCGGCGAUAGCUCUUUUGUAUAAUAACAAAUUGUUUGUCGCUAACGUGGGUAACAGCAGAGUUUUGCUUUGUCAAACAGAUUUAAACUCGGUUUUGAAAGUUUUGCAAUUAAGUAUAGACCACGAUUUACGGAAUGAAGAUGAGCUAUUGAGACUUCACCAGAUUGGAAUGAAUAUGGAUUAUCUAAGAAAGUGUUCUCACUUAGGAAACCAAGAAAAUACCCGUUGCCUGGGUAACUAUUUAAUAAAGGGUGGCUAUAAAGAAUUUGACGACUUGAAGGUAUCUACACAGGAACCGGUUGUAGCUGAACCAGAAAUUAUCGGUGGAAUACCUUUAGACGAAUCUUGCCAAUUUUUACUUCUUAUGUCGGCCGGUUUAUACAAGUCCAUUGAGGAGGCGACUGGAACGGAUCAAGUCAACAAGUACAUUGCACAACUGGUAGUUGAACAAUUUCGAGAGCAGGGAACACUCACGGGUGUUGCACAGGCAGUCGUCGAUCGUGCUGUGCGACUACACCAUGACUGGUAUAUGUCAAAUUCCUUUAAGACGGGUUCCACAAAACGUGAAGAUAUAACAUUAAUUGUUAGAAAUUUUAAUUUCCCAAUGCCAAAUGCGAUCACUUCUCCCACAAAUCCCACAGUUACUUUUAAUCCUAUUUUAAACACAAUUCCUAAUAAUUCCUCUAGUACCUUAACGUCAGUAAAUGAUAAUUACAGGAGUAGUAGUAUUGUAAGCACUAAUGAUACCUCAAGCAGCUCAGAUGUUCGAAGCGACAGUGAUAUUGGUGUCGGUCCUGACCAAAGAAUUGAAGGAUAUGUGGAUUUUUCCAGCUAUUACAAAAAUGUCGAAAUUGCUCGACAAAAUGGUACUCUUCCAAAAGGGAUUGAUUUUUAAAUAUUUUAUAAGAUCUACUUUUUACAGAUCUUUAGAUAACUAAAUGCUAUUUCUUUUGUAGCUGUAUUUAAUAAAUCCUAAUUUCGGGGUGUG